UGUUGCCACUGCCACAACCCGACGCCAUUGUGCAGCACAAAAGCAAUGACAAUUGGUGAUAAGUGAUACAAGUUUUAACCACUGGUUUUCAUUUAAACGCGUGUCUGUUAUUUUACAUGAAUUCUACUGUUUUACACUUUCGCAUGUUUGUAUGUUAAUUCGAUUCUGAAAUCAGUGAAUUAUUUAUUCAAAGUAUAGAAAACAUACAAUCAGUAUCAAAGCCGGAAAGAAAGUGAAUACAUACAUGGAUCCGAAAGCGGACACAUCCGUCGAGAUCGUUGAAGCAGAUUCCACCAUCGGCGAUAAUGAAACAGGCUAUCACGAUCCUUAUCAACAGUAUCCGGCACAUGGUGGCAUGCAGUCCGGCCGCCAGCUGUCCCCGGACGGAGGCUACUCAUCACCCGGCGUCGCCGGAUCCGAAUUUCAUUCUGUAUAUCAUGCACAAUCGCAGGCUUACACUGCUCCUUUGCAACCAUACCAGCCUAAUGUGAUGCAACCAGCCGAACCGUUGGUAGUUAAGUAUGAGGUUUUGGAUAUACCAGUCAAGGAAGAAAAAUUAAACGUUAACAAACAGGAUGAGACAACGUAUACACAACCACAGUCGAAUUUCGAUGCAGAAAAAGUGAAUUCGAGAAAAGUUAUCGUUUCCAUUCCAAUCACCUCAGCGUCAAAACUAAGCCUAGGACACAUUGUUGUGAACAAAUCUGAACAAAAUAUUGAUUCCAACAUCCAACAACAGCAACCAAAUGUACCGCAAACUGAACAUCAAGUGCCGCAGUUGCCGGAUCAGCAAAAACCACAAGAAAAAAAUCCACGGGAAACGUCAAAAUAUGAAAAGUCAUCAAUAAUUCCGCCUACCGUAUCGGCCGUUCCUAGAUCUCCCGUCGUACUCGACGCACGCAAACGCCGCUCCGCUAGACCCAGCCUGGUUGCAGCCAGUCCGUAUUCAUGCGAAGACUGCGGUAACUACUUCGCUAGUCAGUGUGGUCUUGGCCAGCACCGGAUGUGGAUCCACUCGGAGGACCGCCUCGUCCCGUGUGAAAAGUGCGGCAAAAAGUUUCUCUCGGAAGACGAGCUAACCAAGCACAUGGUGCGCCACGAACAGCAGGACAAACCGUACAAAUGUACCGUGUGCCCGAAGCAGUUCUGGUCCAAGAACGAUCUGCGGCGACACAUGUUUCGCCAUGACAACAGUGCCCCGUUUUCGUGCCAGGAGUGCAACAGAAGGUUCAUUCGGAAGGAUCAUUUGGUGAGGCACUUGCUAUCCCAUGAGCGCCGCGGUAGGAAGAGACAGACGCGAGGUGUUGGGUCUAUCGAGUGAAGGUCGUGGUGGUGGUGGUGGUAUGUUUUCGAAAGUGUGCGGUUUAUAACUCAAUUGGAUAUAAGAUAUUGUAAGAGACGCCUAAUUAGAAUCAAAUCACUGAAACGUUUUCAAGACCCAUCUAUUCAAUCUGUUUUCCAGCCGCUAUUUACACCAUCUGUGAGUUCUGACAUACAUUAUAUCUGGACAUCAAUGUAAACGAACAAAGUAGGAUCAGAUAUACUGAAGUGCAAUACGUAAAAUUUAUUUUGAAUAUUUUAUUUCGAAUGACAAACGACCUUAAAUAUGUAUUCCGCCGUAAGAGUUUUAUAAAAAUAAAU